AUGCAGAUUAAAAUAGUCAGCAAGGUAAAGAAACUGAUGACACAGCCAGCUGACUUCAAUAACACGCCUAAGAGAAAUCACACCAUCUCAGGCAGCAUUUGGACCUGGACCGCCGACCGUUCCUCGCUGCCCCGGGCGAGCCAUCUGGACCACCCGGGAAGUGCCUGCGCCGGCGGUCGUGAGGCCGGUUCCCGCGCAGCAGCGGAGCGCGACCCAGGCGCGCCCUCCCAGUCCCUCCCGGGCACCGUCCGCCGCCCGAGCCCUCAGUCCCGGAGCCAGGAGGGACCCAUCCCGCCCCGCACCGUCACCCAGGCCCCGUUUUGCAGGAGUGGCUCGCGGCGCCCCACGUCUCUGCGAGAAGCCCGGGAUCGCUUCGCCGGGCACACCAACGAGCCGCCGCUCGCGAGCUCGCCGCCUACCUGGAGGGAGCUCGGGCCCGCGUCGACCGCGCGCUGCCGGGGUCCGCUGAGCGCACAGCAGCUCCUGGAGCGCGGAGCCCGCGGGAAGAGCGCAGCCCAGCGCACCGCCGAAACCAGAACCGCCGGCCACACCCAGUCCCGCACCGCCCAGCAGCCAACUCCGCGGCGCGCCGGAGCCAGGGCGGGGACGUGGCUGGAGGCGCGAGGCACGAGGCACGAGGCGCGCGGGCCCGGCGGGGACGAAGAUAGUAUGCUAUUACAAACCAGUGAGGAGCUGCAGCUGACUAUCCAGACCAAGAAAAUGCAGAUUUCCAUAAGCAAAAUUGCUGGAGAAUCAGGCAGUCCUUCCUGGGCCAAUGCUAGUUACCUUCAUGCUACGGCUGCGACUUCCCUCACGUCGGCGCUGGUUUCUGGGUUGCUGCAGCCCGUGCACAGCUGCUUCCUCCGCCCUCACCCCUUCCACCUCGCCGCAGUUCGAGAUGAAGUUGUUGUAAUUUCUGGAAGGAAACUGGCCCAGCAGUUCAAGCAGGAAGUGCGGCAGGAGGUAGAAGAGUGGGUGGCCUCAGGCAACAAAUGGCCACACCUGAGCGUGAUCCUGGUUGGCGAGAAUUCUGCAAGUCACUCCUACGUCCUCAACAAAACCAGGGCAGCUGCAGAUAUGGGAAUGAACAGUGAGACCAUUGUGAAACCAGCUUAAAUUUCAGAGGAAGAAUUGUUGAAUGUAAUCGGUAAACUGAAUAAUGAUGAUAAUGUAGAUGAUCUCCUUGUUCAGCUGCCUCUUCCAGAGCACAUUGAUGAGAGGAGGAUCUGCAAUGCUGUUUCUCUGGACAAGGAUGUUGAUGGCUUUCACGUAAUUAAUGUAGGGCGAAUGUGUUUGGACCAGUAUUCCACGUUACCGGCUACCCCGUGGGGUGUGUGGGAACUAAUUAAGCGAACUGGCAUUCCAACCCUAGGGAAGAAUGUGGUUGUGGCUGGAAGGUCAAAAAAUGUUGGAAUGCCCUUUGUAAUGUUACUGCACACAGAUGGGGCGCAUGAACGUCCCGGAGGUGAUGCCACUGUUACAAUAUCUCAUCGAUAUACUCCCAAAGAGCAGUUGAAGAAACAUACAAUUUUUGCAGAUAUUGUAAUAUCUGCUGCAGGUAUUCCAAAUCUGAUCACAGCAGAUAUGAUCAAGGAAGGAGCAGCAGUCAUUGAUGUGGGAGUAAAUAGAGUUCACGAUCCUGUAACUGCCAAACCCAAGUUGAUUGGAGAUGUGGAUUUUGAAGGAGUCGGAGAAAAAGCCGGUUAUAUCACUCCAGUUCCUGGAUGUGUUGGCCCCAUGACAGUGGCAAUGCUAAUGAAGAAUACCAUUAUUGCUGCAAAACAGGUGCUAAGGCUUGAAGAGUGAGAAGUGCUGGAGUCUAAAGAGCUUAGGACACCGACAAUAGCCUACCAACAGCUACCAACGAACAGACCCUACUACGCCACGCCGAUUAACCGCUCAACACCCCGAAUACCUGAUCACCGUCACGAUAUCUACAAAGAUAACUCAGAAGUACUCGAAGCCCGAUCCUACUUUGUCACCCACGCCUGGAGAGCAGUGGUGGCCAUCUUGGCUUACACCUACAACGUCUCGACCCAUCCAUCCAGGAAGAACUCAUCAACAAUGCGCUCAUACCUCACUGCCCUCAGUCACCCCACAGUAUAA